AUGGGUUUACUGUGCGCCAAGCUGCGCGACUGCUGUUGUUGUGUUCGAUCGAUGGAGGAAUUCCAGGUGCUGCUCCUCGGACCCUCGGGCAGUGGCAAAACGGAGCUGGGACACCGCUUGAGCAGAUCUCCACGAGCUUCGGAUGACCAGGAGGCGACGAACGGGGUGCGUUGCUAUCAGAUUUCCGGAGGAUUUCAGGAUAUUUCAGAACUGCCAGCGAAACUCCAGCUGACCGAAGUGGGUGGAAAUGCGGAGAUGCAGCGCCUGUGGCGGCACUAUUACGCCUCCUCGCACGCCCUCAUAUACUGUUUCGAUCUGGGUUCGGAUCCGGAGGGACUGGAGGCCACGUUCGCCCUGCUGACCCAGUGCCUGAGGGGCACUCAGCUGGCCGGCAAGCCGGUGCUCCUGGUCGCCUCACGUCAUCGCGAUGGCGUCCAGCUCUAUGACGUGGAGUAUGCCUUCGGGCUGGAGGAGCUGGCCAGGUCCUGCGGCUGCCCGCUGCUCAUCUGCCACAUGGACAGUGCCGACGAUCUGCAGCGCGGCGUCCGGUGGCUCUGUCACCAGCUGUUGGCCAGAAAAUCACAGCUGGAUCAGCGCAUUCGAUACGAUGUAAAUAUGCAGGUUUGGCAGCGCCGGAAGCGAUCGCUUUUAUCCAGCGGAAAGUUAGCCCAAGUGCAUCGACAGCGAUUUCGGAGACAUUCGCGAAGGAUAUUGCCUGCUAUCCAGGGAUUUGGAGGCAUGACAAUGCGUCCAAGUACAGCACCUGCAAACAUUUUCUUUGUGAAUUGUCGGGAACAAGAGGAAAAUCACAAUUUCUAG